ACCUCCCGGGCCCAGAAGUCCAUUAGGUUUUUUGUUUUCAAUUACCUCUUUGAUCGUCCGGAAGGGUGCCCCUGUACUGGCGUUCCAAUUUCAGUCAGGAAACCUACUACUCCUUAGUCCGUCCAGUCCUGUGGAGUCGGUCCCUUUCAUAAAGGAAUUGUUGGUUGAGGCGGAGACAACUAAGCCCAUCAGAGUUUAAUAAAAGCUUUGCGCGGCCUACGGAUGAGAAAAGGUGCCACUCCACACAAUCCACUCGCCCAAUGUCGGUAGUUUAGUUUCAAUCCCCAUUGUAGCAAUUUAGUUAAACCAUGAAAGAAAAUAAUAGAAUUAAUAUUGCACUACGACAUGGACUGCCCCUGAAGAAAGCGGAUAUAAUAGAUAUAUCUCCGCUCUGGACUAAAUCUCCAUAGGGUGCCAGCCCGACGAUUUGCAUCCUAGUUCUGCCGGAGCAAUCAGUGUCUCCCCAGGGUGGUUUUUCAUCUUCCUGUUUCUAAUAUCGCUUCGACAACUUCGCCCUACCCUGGGGCACGGCCUCCGCACGUGUCGCACGAAGAAUGAUAACUGCGGAAUCGAAAGGAUUACUACGAGAGGUUAAACGACAAUGAGUCUGGCUCAAGUGUUGAGUGUGCUGGCCAGUCGUGACGACGAGGGUAACUCCCUUGCACGGCGACUGGCUUAUACUAAUGGUGGCCCUACAUUGGAUAUCGAUCCUCUACCAUCAGCCCAACGCAAGGGCCUAAUUGCGGUCACCGUCAUGGCCUUCCUAUCCUUCAUCGCGACUUUGAUUCUACUAUUGUUCAUCACUUAUCGGCUGGUCUUCUGGCGCUCCAACUACGCACGAUAUAUCGGUUACAACCAGUAUAUUGUUCUUAUCUAUAACCUAGUGUUGGCCGAUCUGCAACAAUCACUGGCAUUUUUAAUCUGUCUUAAAUGGAUCACAGACAACAGAAUAGAAGCGUCUUCGGCGGCCUGCUUUCUUCAAGGAUUUUGGCUGCAGAUUGGGGAUCCCGGCAGUGGUUUGUUCGUGCUCGCAAUUGCCGUUCAUACAUUCCUUCUGGUAGCACUGGGUCGCAAGCUGAGCCAUCGAGUCUUUGUUUGUGGCGUGGUCGGCGUUUGGCUUUUUGUGGCUAUCUUGGUUAUUAUUCCGCUCGCAUCCCACGGACGAUUUGUCUUCAUUCCGUCAGGCGCAUGGUGCUGGAUCAGCGAAGAGUACGAGCCAAUCCGUUUGUGGACUCAUUAUAUCUGGAUUUUCCUGGCCGAAUUCGGAACCGUCUGUCUCUAUGCCAUCAUGUGGUUCCAGCUACGCCGUCGGAUCAAGCAAUCUGCCAUCCUUGGAAGCAGUCAUACGGAGAGUCUCAAGCGCCUGCGACGUGUUAUCGGAUACAUGAUUAUCUAUCCGGUUGCGUACAUUGUGCUGUCCUUGCCUCUUGCUGCGGGACGAAUGGCAACCGCCCAAGGUCAAACACCAAGCAUUGCCUUCUUCUGUGUUGCAGGUGCCGUUAUUACGAGUUCAGGCUUAGUCGACGUCCUUCUCUACACGCUCACUCGUCGAAACCUGAUUUUGGAGUCCGAGCCAAGUCGCGAUCGCAGCUACAACCGCUUUGCAAGCAGCAAAAACCGAAAGACUGACCAUCUCACAACCAUUACCGCCGCAGAAGGCAAGCACACUCGGACUGAUAUCAGCGUUCUGCGCACCCACCGACACCGUGAAGACGACGACGAAUUCGGCCACACUGUGCGCGAAGGAUCCACUGACAAUAUCGUACAACCUUCCGGCAUGGAACUGGCGCCUCUUGGAAAGGUGUAUCAACAUACCACAAUUGAAAUCACCCACGAGCCUGCCUACCCGGAGGCUGAAAGCAGUGACCGGUCGAGCAAAGGGUCCCUCGGAAACGGCAAAGGUCCCGAGCAGAGCGCCAGGAUGUGGGGGAGAUAGCCGACAGUCGACUGGCUUGCAACCCUUGCGCAGUUACUCUUACGGAAGAACGCCAACUCCUAAUAUCAUCGAAUUAAUGUCGAAUGCCCUUUCCUUUCUCUUGUCUUUCUCUUCUCCUUACGCUCUCUUCACUACCAUUCAUAUAUUUUUCUUGACAUAAUACGCUUAUUAGUGAUGUCCGGGCCUCCCGUUUCUGGGGCAUCUUACUGUUUCUAUUAUUCAUGACGCCUAUAUUGAUAUCCCAGGCCCUCAGCCCUGUGUUUAUUUAGUUCUAGGGUGAUUGGUCUAUCCAUGUCUUUCAUUACAACUUAUCUUGUACAUAUAUACUAUUCCCUUCUAUCUACACAUGUCUUUAU